CGGCGACGUUUUAAUUCAUUAUUCUUCCUCCCGACUCCGAGUAAAGAAGAGUCGCAUUCACAUCUCGGCCUUCUCCCCGUCGACGUUAACCUGCCCAGCUCCGUCAGUCAUUCCAGCAGACGCCGGCGGCUAUGUUUACGUUUUAGUUCCAACUUCCACGCUUCCUCUCAGGUCUCGCCGUCUCGGCUAAUUUUCCUACUUUCCAGCUCCAAUUCUACACUUCCACGCCUGAAGCUGGCUGAUAACGUAGCUUCAAUCGAAGGCGGAGAAGGCAACAGCAACGCCAGUCCUCAUCGACUGCUCGACUAUAUCAAUUAGGCAUCAUCUGGGUGAAUUAUCCAAUUUACAAUGUAUAAGUGUAAUGAAAUCUAUGGUGGCUGUUGUGUAGAACGUCAGGGUAGAAGAAACGGAAUGAACAAAAUGAGGAGCUUCAAUGGCCUGCUAGCUAUGAUCUCUAGCUCUUUCCUUUGGGUCUAUGCAUUCACCUUCAUUGCUGGAUACCCAAUUCCAACAUUUGGGAACAUAGAGGUUGCCAGCAAUGUAUUGAUUCCUGGAAAUGAACUGUGGAAGGAGACUCUUGCCUUGCAGGGAGGUUCUCGUCUGUAUGAACUUCGGGGCUUGAAAUCGAACACUUGGUAUGAAGUGAAGAUAUCUUAUCCGGCUUCUAUACCUGCUAGCUUCACUAUACAACUGAAGAAGGAUGUUUCUGGUUUGGGAUUGAACUGGAAUCGAAGAUUACUAAACACAGAGAAACUGAUUUUCAAGACUGAUGAGUUCAGUGGCAAUCAGCAGAACCAGUUGUACGUGCUGGUAACUGUAGAGCCGGAGGGGGUGGUUGCAAUACCAAAUGUACCAGAGAGGGAAGCAAUCAUCUUCAACAUAGCUAACAUACGAGCCUAUGAUUAUUCUUGUGAGAACCCCGAACUUGUUGCUGUAUUAUGCGAUGAAUUGCUGCUGGGUAUCCCUCACAAGGCUUGGUGGGUGGGAGUGCUUGUGUUGCUGUGUUUAGUGGCUGCAUUCAUCAUCCCUCGUUUUCUCCCAGCACUCAUGCCGCCUGAAAAUGGAAGCUCCAUAUCAUCAUCAUAUGAGAGUGUUGCCAAAGAAUCUUAGGAUUUGGCAAGGAAGUUUAUUCGAAGCGAUUUAGCAGCAGGGAGGGGAGUCCUACAAUCAUCACGGAAGCUUAUAGGGCUCUCAUCGUUAGCAUUUUAUGCAGAACAGGAGGAAGGAAGGAGUGCCAGCCGAUGCACGUUUUCCUUGGUUGAAAAUUGAACGUGGGGAGGAUCGGUGUCUCUCGUAUUCAAGAUGAUGGAGUAGUGAAAGUUUGGUGUUCUGCAAUGUUUGUAGGCAGAUGACAUAGGUAAAAGGUUUGGUUUGUUUAGAUCAUAGAGGUAUAAGCUACUUUGGAUAUGCCCCCCCAUGAGCAUAUGCUAACUGCAAGAUUUUGUGCAAUCAAUGGUGGAUCAAAAUUAAUUAGAACAGUAGAUAUAUUCACAAAACUAAAAUAUAUAUCAAGUAU